UGCUUUCCCUUUGUAUUUACUAUUUCUCUGUUUCUCCAGAAUCCUCCAUUGCAAACCAUGCUUUCUUUCCAGCUUGCUGAGGUCCCUCUCUCUUCGAUCCACCAACCAUUUUACCCAACUUCGCUAUCUAAAUAUUUCUAUCUGUAAUCUCUCUCUCUCUCUCUCUCAAAGAUUGGAUAUUUGUCUGGGCCUUUCUCACCAUUUUUUUUAACUUUUUUUUUUUUAUAAUUAUCUGAAUUCUUUUUGGCCCACUUCAGGCCACAACCCCUGCUUGUAAGCUACUCCUCUCCAACCGUAUCUUUAGAAGGCAUCCGGGUUAUUUUGGGUUUUGGUUAUUUGAGGUCGACAUUGGCCCAUUUAUGCAUACUGAGUUUCUGUUGCUUCAAGAAGGAACUUUUACUUUGCUUCUAUGGUUGAUCGAGGAAAUAAAAAUGAGGUUGGCUUAAAUCACUAGAAAGGUGUGGAUUUCUCUUCGUUUCGGGAAUUAAGAGGAUCAAGUUGAUACUGAGGUUGAGUGAUCGAGGAUUAAAGAUGUCAUCUGAGGGUUCUUUGAAUGCAGAAUUAUCGAAAAAGACGUCAUUUUUGGGUUUGAAACUAUGGGUUUUGAUCUGUGUAUGUGUUGGUGCAUUUAUAGUUAUAAUUCUUUGUAUAUUAUCUGUAUGGGUCACGUUUCGAAAGAGAUCUAGGAAAUCUGCGGAACGAUUUUCACUCUCCCAAAUACCAAAUGUCUCAAAAGAUAUUAAGAUUGACAGGGUUGGGACUCAGACUUCUCAUGAGAGUUUAUUUCAACCAGUCCUUGAAAAGUCGAGUGAUAAGCAUUCUGAUAAAACAUCAGUUCAUUUGGGUACAAGAAAAUCAAGUGAUCCUGAUAAUAACACUCAAUGCAGCUCGGUUUAUCAUCAUGAGAGAGGAUUGAGUUCAAUUUCGUGGGAAGAAGGAAGUUGUGGGACUGAUAGGAAGCAUUCCUCAUUGCUACAUGGAGGACUUAUGACAGCCUCUCCUUUAAUUGGCUUGCCAGAAAUUUCUCAUCUUGGGUGGGGCCACUGGUUUACUUUUAGGGAUCUAGAAUUUUCCACUAAUCGUUUCUCUGCAGAAACUGUGCUUGGUGAGGGUGGAUAUGGGGUUGUUUACAGGGGCAGACUGGUCAAUGGAACUGAGGUGGCAGUGAAGAAACUUUUUAACAACUUGGGACAGGCGGAGAAAGAAUUUAGGGUUGAAGUUGAAGCCAUAGGCCAUGUUAGACAUAAGAAUCUUGUUCGGCUUCUGGGCUAUUGCAUUGAAGGAGUCCACAGGAUGCUGGUGUAUGAAUAUGUGAAUAACGGGAACUUAGAGCAAUGGUUACAUGGAGCAAUGUGCCAACGUGGUAUCCUUACUUGGGAGGCGCGCAUGAAGGUGAUUCUUGGUACUGCAAAAGCGCUUGCGUAUUUACAUGAAGCAAUAGAACCAAAAGUGGUUCACCGAGACAUUAAAUCAAGCAACAUCCUGAUUGACGAUGAGUUUAAUGCCAAGGUUUCUGAUUUUGGCUUGGCAAAAUUCUUGGGUUCGGGAGAAAGUCAUAUCACAACUAGAGUAAUGGGAACGUUUGGUUAUGUGGCACCCGAAUAUGCUAACAGUGGCUUGUUAAAUGAAAAGAGUGACAUUUAUAGCUUUGGUGUCCUCCUGCUAGAAGCCAUUACAGGAAGGGACCCCGUGGACUAUGCCCGGCCUGCUAAUGAGGUUAAUCUUGUUGAAUGGCUAAAGAUGAUGGUGGGAACCAGAAGAGCCGAGGAAGUUGUGGAUCCAAGCCUUGAAGUUAAACCCACUACACGUUCCCUAAAACACGCCCUUCUGGUUGCACUAAGAUGUGUUGAUCCUGAUGCAGAUAAGAGACCCAAAAUGAGUCAGGUUGUACGUAUGCUUGAAGCUGAUGAAUAUCCCAUUCCCGAGAAUCGAAGGAAUAGAAAGAGCCGUACGAAGAGCAUGGAAACUGAGGCCAUGAAGGAAAUUACUGGUCAAACUGACCCUGAAAACAUGGUGGUGAAGGUUGCUUCGGUCUGCUUUCAAAUUAGCGAAUCCAAGAUUUCAGGAUAAUUCAAUUGAACCACCACGUGAAACUUGCUAGGGUAGCAUGAGCUCAGACCAUAUGCUCAAGCUUUCUAGAGUAGUACGAGGCUGACAAUUGAGUUAAAAUUAUGAGAAAAGCUAGUAU